AUGUGGGUGUUCUACCUUAUAUCGCUGCCCCUUACGUUGGGGAUGGUGAUGGUGACUCUGCGGUACUUCGCAGGGCCGGAUGUUCCCAAAUACGUGCUCUUCUCCGUCGGAUACGCGUGGUUCUGCUCCCUCUCUAUCAUCAUCCUCGUCCCCGCGGACAUCUGGACGGUGUGAUCUCUCGCCUGCCUCUCCACCCUUUUCCUCCCACUUGCAUGGCGCGGCCCAUAUUGUCUUUCUUCAUCUGUUUGCACGAGUUAUAUGCUAAUUCGGCCUUUUUCCCCCCCGAGAGCAUAUUAUACGAUCCCACUUGGACUGGUGUUUCCUGGUUCUUUCUCCUGCAUUGUUGGUUCGAUUUCUUCUUUUUUUGUGGUGAUCUGAUUGUUGCGCCUUCUGACCUCUUAGUUGGAUCCUUUGAGUCAUAAAUUUGCGUGAAAUGGGUUUGACUUAUGGCUGUUGGUUGCUUGUACGUAGUUAGGCACUCAUAAAACAUAACCUGAUUACGAGAGAGGUGAAAUUUCGAAAUAAUCAAUGAAAGAACUGAAAAGGGAAGAAGAAUUGGGACGAGAUCUUAUGGUUUCGUCGGUUUCUUGCAUUUACUAUUUGGCCAUGAUUUGGCAUAAAAAUGGGAUGAUAGUUGAAAAUGACGUGCAGAAUUCAAGCUGGCGUAGCGUAUGAGAUGGGAUGAAAAAUAUGUUACGAGAUAUUAUUGGAUUGGCAUAUCUUCUCUUGCGGCAUGGUUCCAAUUAUAGGGCAGAAUAAAUGCAGGAAGAGCGGACUUCAUAUAUAAUUUAUUAUCUAUGAUUUGGGGAAAUCUGACGGAAAAUUCAAGUUGUGUACAUUUAUAUUUUGACAUGGUCACACAUUUUGACAUGCAAUCAUUGGUUUAAGAUAUUGGACGACUUGGCUGGCGGGCAAAAAAAAUCUCCUUGUGAAAGAAAUAGGACCUAAAUAUUGAUAGAAUUUGAUGCUAUUGUAAAAAGUGGUUACUCGGUUGACAUGGUAAAAGAAAAGAACUGAAAGUCUGCUAAAACCAGAAUUUAAUGAGAAGCAACACUGGAUGAAUGUAUCCGAAUGCAAAUUGAGACAAAUGACAAUGGAGUAUUUGACCUGAGGGAUGGCUCUAGAAUCAACUAUUCUUUUUUUUUCUUUUCAUGUUUCUAUCCCCUGGAAACCCUCCAAAAUUUUCAAAAUUUUCGACUAUAAGCCAUAAUAUCUGUCUGAUUUCUGCUGCUUUUAUUUUUUAAAGAUGUUUUUCUUUUUUACGACUGAUCCUGUGUUUCGUCUACAUUGACAAAAGUUGUUUUCUCUGGCAUGCUACAUACAAGUGGGAAUUUUGAGCUCAUCUAGAUGUCCAUAUUUUUGGUUCUGUGCUUAGAUCAUUGCAGCAAUUCCGUUUUGAGAACAUGUUUUACAUGUGGGAUCCUGAAUUGAUAAAAGAAAACAUUGAAAUGAGAAGUGGGAAGGAUGAUAAGGAUCCCAAAUUAAGGGGAUUACCCCCACUGAUUUAUGAUGUAGGAAAGCUGUAUCAGCUGCAGUGUCUUGUUAUAGCUACAGCUAUUAUUACUGUUUCGUGUUGCAUUACAGCCAACUGCAACUGCUGGUCGUAGUGCCAGACAACUGAAGGGAAAAUGUGUGCAGAAAUUAUUAUCAGAGUUGGUGUUCAUUACUAUAGAUACGUCAAUGUCCCACGUUUUCAAUGCAUAUAUGCCCAUUUUGACACAUGAUGUGAGAGGAUGAUGACAUAAUAUACCUUAUUUACUAUGCAACUAUAAUUCCAAGGACCUGAGCAACGUUUUCCUUGAUACAGCUAUGCAUUCCCAAAGUUCACGAAAGAUACGACCAGUCUGGUAUCCAUUAUCAUUUUCGACAUUUUUUCGCAUGUAUGUAGUCUUGGUAUGGUAUAUUAUCUAUGUGAAGAUGUUCAUCUUAGUGCCUUACCCCUCUGCCUUACCACCGUCUGCAGCUUACUUUGUGAUUUAGGUUUUGAAAAACUUUUCCACCAAAUUGAAGAUGAAUCCAUUAUUGGGUUCAUCUCCACAUUAUUCUGUCUUUUGUGUCGUGAUGAAUCCAUUAUUGGGUUAAAACGUGGAACAAGUUUCUGCGCUCUUGCAUGUGAGCAUCUAUGGAACGUUCUAUUAAAUUGAAGAUACUAUCAUGCUCCUUUAAAAACCCUUGGUAUGGUAACAUCUCAUUAUAGAUGUUAGAAAGUCCCAUAUUUGUUACUACAAGGGAAAACUUUGAUUUGCUCUACUAGUUACUAUUUGGUUUUGAGUUGGGUGGCCUAAUAAUUCUAACAUAGUUUUAAAGAUGAUGGCUGCUCUUAGCUUUCUUGCACUCCUUUUAUCUCAUCUUUGUGGCAAAGCCCGAAAGUCGAAUGUCACAGGCCUAUUUGUUAUAAUUAAAGAAGUACACUGAUAAAGAUUGCAAAAUGUCACAGGCCCCACUUUUUGUUUUUUUUUCUUUUCUCAUCUCCCUCCCAUAUUUAUUUAAUUAAUAUUUUUUUUGGAAAGGUAAUUGCUUCACACAUUCAUUCAAUAACAAAAUAGAGGGAGGAUAUACGUGUGAUUCAUGUCAUAUUCCAUUAUCAGCUUAAUGAUGCAGUUAUUUGAGCCACAAAAUGGUUCUUUUGAUCCAUUUGGCUUUUUCUUUUAGGGAGUAUAUAUUCUAUCCGAUCUGUAUAUUUUUAAUUUUUUUUGUCCUUAAUUGUGUAACAGACAAUUAUUGGUCAUGAUGAGGGAGCCAUUGCUUUCUUUUGGAGCUGGUCAUACUGGAGUACUUUCGCACUUACAUGGUAUGCCUGGUUUCUCUCUGUGGUAAAUUAUUUUUAUUUCUCUUCCUCUGGUAUGCGCUUUCUUAACUCAUGUAACAAGUCAACUCUUCGAAUCUGAUUACAACUUUAGUAUUCACGGUCAACUAGGCUGUCAGACGUGCCUGAAAGUGCGAUACGCAUUAUCAAGGUGUCCUGUAACAUAUAAUUGCACGGGUCUGUCAGAAUUUCUAUGAACCUCGUACAAAUGUUUUGAGCCAUAUAACCCCCCAUCUCAUAUGAACAGAGAUAUGACAUGAGUUAGAUGAAUGUGGAAAAUUUUGGCUGCUUUGGCAAUUUAUUAUAUGUGCUUUUCGAACGUUUCAAGGGAUUAAAGACGAAGAUGGAAAACACUGCCGCAACUUCUUGAUUAUCCAGAUGUUAGUGGUGGCAAUGGAGAUCUCAUCAGGUGGCAACCAUAGUUUGCUCUGUUGUCUCAUGGCAUCGCAGUGGAUAGGAAAUGACCAUAUAGAUGACGAUGAAGAGGAAAGAUGUGCCGUCUGAAACGGAAGAAGAUGUGAAGGGAAAUUCCUAAUGAGCACGUUUAGAUGCUAGUGAUUGUAUGCUUACCAUGAUUGUCUCAUGAAACUAGGUGAUCCUUAAGCUAAGUUCAGGUUUCUGUCAUCUGCUUUGCUAGAUCCUCCUAGCAUAGCUUCAAAAUCAAAUGAAUUCCACAUGGUGUCUUUCAUCUAGAGCUCAUCUUCUUCCAGUCUAAACAUGCAUUAUUUUUUUUACUUAAAUUGAGCUUCUCCAGCCACCUAUAUUCAUCUAUAUCCAAUCUCGUAUUCCCACUCUCUAGGAAUAUACAAUAUAUUGAUGCAAUUAUGCUGUCAGAUCCUCUGAACAUUGCACUAGAUCCUCUGAAAUGGUUUACUAAUUCUAUUUAUAUGACGCAUGAUCCCUCUGAAGAUAAAGAAGCCCUUUCUUCUGAGUUUUCUUUUUCUCCCCAGAGCUUUCAGGUUGCCAUAGCCAAUGCAGCUUCAGUUCAUUUCUGCUUGUCUUGUGUUUUUUUUAUUGAAGGAUAGUUAAGUACCUUACAGUGAUUCAUAAAGUUGCUGAAGUAAAUGAUGUCGGCUGUUUUAACUUAAAACGUUUAUUCUUCCUGUAGGGCUGUGGUUCCAACUAUUCAGUGUUAUGAAGAUGCUGGCGAUUUCACUGUGACUGAAAGACUGAAAACAAGCAUUAGGGCCAACUUGAUAUUUUAUCUGAGCGUGGGAUCAAUCGGCCUUUUUGGUCUUUUUCUACUUAUUAUUAUGCGUAGAGACUUGUAAGCCUCUCAACUGUUUAUUUUUUAAUUUUAAGUAUCAUGUUUUGAUCUCAAAAAUAGCAUUUUUUUAAUUGGUUCUCGUGUAUGAUGUAUGAAGGGCUACAUGCAACGAUAUCCCUGGGAACUGAAUUUUCUUUGCGUCCGGAUCACUAUUUCAUGCUUGCUAGUCAAAUAUCCUAGCACAGAUUACAGAGUUUUCCCUAUUUUUACAUCAUCACCGACCGCUUCUAUAUAUCAAAUAUAAGAGACUAGUAAAAUGAAUAAUUUUGCCUGUGAAACUUCGAUGGUACGAAAUUCAGGAAGCACCUCAACUUUAGAAAACCCGUACUCUAACCAUUUAAUCUGAAAGUGGAUGGUCGAAAUGUGAAUGGGGAUCUGGACAGACAUCGAAUACUAUUCUAGUCACAUGUAAUUUUUUAGCUCCAAUUUACAACAGACAUAUUAGCUUGGAUUCUGCUUAGCUCUGAAGUUGUAUUGGAUGCAGCAGGGAUGAAGAUCUUUGCCAACCAAGCGUUACCUUUUGCUUGCCCUUUUUGUACUCCAAUGAGCAAACCACAGAAAAACGAGGAACGUCAUUCGCUAUAUGUGACUAAAGCCAAGUAUAUUAUUACAAGUGAAUAUAAUAUGUUCCGACUGAGCCAGCUAGUUUUCAGUAACGUUUUUGUGGCAUAUUAUAUUUAAACUACUUUUUAGUAAAACAAUUGCGAUUUGCGAGCAUGAUUCAUAUCUUUUUUUAUGCCAGUGGGAUUCAUUUUUCUCUUUUAUUUGAAUUACUUAUCAAUCAAGGAAAGAAUUCUGUGAAAUUUUCAAAUUAAUUAUAGUUUGAUGUUAUACACUUAAUGGUUCCUAGUUUCAGCAUCAAAAGUUUGAGGUCUUAUUUAUCCUCUGGAGAAAUCAGUGACUAGUCGGUAUCUGCGAGAAAGUGGUAUCUUCAGAAACCUUUCCCUACCUGCCACCGGCAUUCACCAGAAAAUUUGCAUAACCAAUUGGAGGUGCAAUAAGUUAACAUGAAAGUUUCUGAUUGGAUCCAUGAAACUGUCCUGUGAAGCCUUAGGUUGACACCGAAUAGCUGAAAGGAGGCUUUUUGAUACGUGUAUAUGCCGCUGUUUUUUGUUUACAUUAGUCAUUCUGAUUUUUUUUGUCCUGACUCUUGUUUGCAGGAGUGGAGGUAUUAUGGGCUUGGCAAUGGCUUGCUCGAAUACCUUUGGUCUUGUGACGGGUGCAUUUCUUCUUGGCUUCGGUUUGAGCGAAAUUCCAAAGAGUAUAUGGAAGAAUGCCGAUUGGAGUAACCGCCAAAAAGUUCUGUCUCAUAGAGUUGCUAAAAUGGCGGUAAACCUUGAUGAUGCUCACCAAGAAUUUUCAAAUGCCAUUGUGGUAACUUUCUUUCCCAUCUGAUCCAUAUGUAAUGAAGGCUUGUUAUUUUAUCAGUCUUAGUGGACGCGCCGGGUUUAUUUUGCUAGUAUUCUUAAGAGACUUAAUCUGCUCUCUUUUAUUCAGUGCAUGUACCUUAGAAUGAUAAAUUAAAUUUCCGUUUAAAAAAAAAAAUUGUUUAUUGGGUUUGGUUCUAACUGUCUUCUGAAUAUCAGAAAAUUUUCUCUUGUUUUAUAAAGCGAUGUGGUCUAAUAGAGUUAUCCCUUUCUGAAUAUCAGAAAAAUCUCUCUUUUUAUAUAUCUUAACAUGUGGACUUUUAAAUCUUUUCAAAUAUCUCGUUCGCUUUGAUAAGCAUAUUCUCAUUAGACUGCCGUUUUGUUGUUUCUAAAAUAUUUGAUAUUUGUCAUUACUAUUAGGUUGCACAGGCAACAUCAAAUCAGAUGACCAAGCGCGACCCAAUGAGGCCAUACAUGGAUGUUAUUGACAACAUGUUGCGUCAAAUGGUACUUCUAUCUCUUAUUUAAUAGGUUCUAUGCUCCCUCUAUAUAAAAUAAUACGAUUUUUGUUCUUAAAGACAAUUACCAUGUUUUCCAUUCUUCUAUUCAGUUACGAGAAGAUCCAUCUUUCAAACCAUCAGGAGGGAGACUGGGGGAAAAUGAUAUGGACUAUGACACAGAUGAAAAGUCGAUGGCAACCCUCCGUCGCCAACUUCGGAGAGCUCGAGAGGAGUAUUACCGCUAUAAGAGGUCUGGUUUUCUGGUUCAGAUUAAGUUUCUUUGUGGAUUGUCAUUCUUUAUUAAUGAGACAUAAAAUAGUAGUCGAAGCCAAUCGUUCUAGUAAUGAGAAUUCAUCCUAGGUGUUAUAUGCUUUUCUAUGCGGGAGCUAUUUUGUUUGACAGCAACAUCUAGCAUUAUAUGAUGAUCCUCUUGCGAUUUUCCAUUUGGAAGCUAAGAUUAUCUAGGAUUUUGCAGCGCGUAUAUGACCUACGUCACAGAGGCUCUUGAAUUGGAGGACACUAUAAAGAACUAUGAACGUCGAGACUCAACUGGAUGGUCUGCUCCUCAAGCCUUCUGUUUGUUGCCAUGCAUACUUCACCUGUUAUGAGUCAUCGACCAUUUUAUCAUUAUAGCUGCAAGAAUUAAUCUGCCACUUGUUUGCUCUUAGAAGCUAUGCCUGUGACAUUAUCAGUAGUUUAAAAGCAAUAUCUGCUUUAGUACUAAGUAACGAGGGCAUAUUAAAUUGCUUGGAUAGCUGAGGGAAAUACAAAAAAGGGAGAUUACCAUGGAAUAAUUUAACUCAUUAGUUCUGGCAGAUUUAUUCUCUGAGACUGAGUUCUCUGAAAAACUGUAUAUAACCGAGCAACGGGGUGUUCUGUUGUUUAUUCCCUUGCAAAAUUUUCUAUUUCACAUAUUUCUGGCUGGGUUUGGGAUCAGCUGAGGUGCUAAUAGUCCUAUGUUUCUCAAUUCCUCCUUGGUAUGGAUCUAGUUUGUCAAUAAGAAAAACUGUCCCUUUCCAAGAAAUUGUUAACUCCAUAUCACAUGAGACUCAGUGGCAGAUACGCUUUACAUUUCGUGACCACAGUUUUGGUUCUAUGUGCAAGGUUAAAAAUUCACAAAAAAAAGAGCAAAAUAUGUACAUGGAUAUUUUUUUUGUUUUGUAUGAGUAGCAUCUGCGUUCUACUCCAUAACCAUGUCUGAUUUUUUUCUCAGGAAAUAUGUCUCAAGUUUCAGACCUACUCGGACUGGGUCGUUAGGAAGCUUUCUUGACACAGUAGGUAAGUCUCUGUCCGACACAAAUUGAUAAUUCGGAAUGUUCUUGAUUUUGUAUUUAAAUUUUGUCCCAGUACCCAAAGCGUUACUUUCUACCGCAUGAGGAAAUAAUAAAUUGCACUCUCUAUCUUCUUCAUUUCUUAUCUUCUCGCAUUGCACUCUUUAUCUUCUUCAUUUCUUAUUUUUUGGCUUGGUCAAUUCUGCAGAAUUGGUUUGGCGCUGCAUCCUAAGAAAGCAGGUCGAGAAAAUUCUGGCAGUCACACUUGGUUGCAUGUCAGCUGCUAUUCUUUUGGCUGAGGCUACUUUGCUUCCUAGUGGAGUUGAUUUAUCACUUUUCUCUAUCCUGAUAAAUGCUGUUAAUAAGCGGGAGAUGCUUGUACAGGUAAAUAUUUAUGAUCCUAUGUCAAUCAGAGAUUAGCAUUCAAUGACCAUGAAUUAUGCUCUAAUUUUGGCAUAUUAUCGAAAAUUUACCUACACCAGAGUAUUUUUCCUAAAUUCAAUGUAGAUUAAUGAAGUCACACAAAGUCUUUUUUGAGUUGGAUCACCUAGUCACAUAGGAGAUGCUCUGAAUUGUACUUGCCAUACGAAGUUGUUAUUUCCUAUAUGUUCUAAUCAUAUUAGGUACAGUCACUGUGGUAGGUCUGUUGAAAACUAUGGAACGCUCUUGUGCGGCCAUGCACCAACACCAACUAUGAACUUACAAAACCGAGCAUACCCCACCUAUAUUUUCCAAGUGGCCAUGCAUAUAGUUAAAUUUGAAAAUAUAUUAAUUAGUUAAUUAAUAUUAUGAAAAAACAAACUUUUCAAUGAUUAAUCAAUGUUAUAAAUAAUUAUUGUACGUUUAGUCAUUCAUUUAAACACAAUUUAUAUUUUUACAUCUCCAUGUAUUAUCUUUUACAUUUAUUAGAUCAUUUUAAAUAAUUUCAGUUUUUCUAGAAGGUCAUUGCCUGGCACCUCGCCUUGUCUCUUUAGGAUAGGAAUGGGACAGAUCACUGUUAUGGUCGCCUCAAAAUGUUUUCAUAUGCAUGGAUACAACGAGUUCGUUGCUAGCUAGAAACUACUAUCAAACUCAGGACAUGUUUAGUUCGUGGGAUAAGCAUUAGAGACAACUCUUGUUUCAUCAUGGCCUGUGAUUCACAGGUCAAAAGGUAUUAUGGGGUUGGCCUUCAGGAGCUUUCCACAUUUUUGUUAUUAUGACUUCCAAAAGUUUCCCUAGUUUUCAUUGAAUUUGCAGAAGAAAAAUAAAAAAAGAUGUACUUAUAUAUUAUCAGCUCUGAUGGCAUAAAAUUCUACUUCUAUGAUUAAAAAUGAAACAAGCAUGGCAUAUGUGAUGAGUAUUGUUAAUUGUCCUAACCUUUUGGGCGCUUUUUCCUUUGUCAUUGUCACCACACCUCGUAAUUUGAAGCAUAACAUGGUCACAACUAUGUUAGAGUGGCAUGAAGAUCAUAAGAUCUCUGUUGCAGUUCCAAAAUAUUAAAAAUAUAGCUCUGAAAACCUCUGAGAAAUGACUGCUGAUAGUGCCGAAGAACGUGCUUUGAGGAUUGUGAAUUUUCAAUGAAUAAUGGCAUGGCUGGCAUAAAUCCCUAGGAACAUCAGACAUCUGAUGUCCCUAAAUAUGCAUGAUUCCAGUCAUGCCUUGUGCGUUCAUCUUUAAGCCUUGAAUUUGUGAGGAGGGCAAUACUGUAAAAUCAAUUCCUUACCUCUUAUGAUAUUUUUAUUUUGCUAUUUUUAUUUAUAGAGAUGUUUCAUUAAUGUGGAAUAUCUCUGGAGAAAGACUUGCCAGAAAUGUACCAUAUCUGUUGUCCAUGUUGCCCCCACUCUCCCAAAAAAUGGCGAUGGCCCAUUCCCACCUAGAAUGACAGUUCUUCUGGAGAACUGUUGAAGUGGGCAAGGGCUAAAAGGUUGCCAGCACUCUUCACCUGACUACAAAAACCUCAAUCGUAUAUUUUUUAUCUAUAAUUAAUCAUGAUGUUGUUCUAUAUUCGGUGUUAUUUUUAGUAAAUCCCAAGGCAUCCCCUUGAAUCACACAUCAAAAGGGUCUGAUAUUAUUCUUGCUUAUGCAUUUCAGAUCGCUGCAUUUGUUCCGCUGAUGUACAUGUGUAUCUGCACAUACUAUUCAUUGUUCAAGGUAGGAAUGCUAAUGUUCUAUUCAUUGACACCGAAACAGACGAGCUCAGUGAGUUUGCUGAUGAUAUGCUCGUAAGUUUCUCUUUCGAUCACCUUAUUUUCCAGCCAAAUUCUUAGCGAUUCAACUCUGAUGAUCGGCUAUUAAUCGAACAUCUCUGCCAGAAUGGUUGCACGAUACGCGGCUCCUAUUUCGUACAAUUUCCUCAAUCUCAUCCGCCUCGGAGACGCCAAAACUAUAUUUGAGAAGGUAACAAUAAUAGUAAAAAGUCUCUGGACCUAUGAAACAGUGAAGAUUCAUAUGCUGGGUUGUUCUGAUGCUUGGUUCUUCUACUUUUUUCUUUCUUUUUUUUUUAUUUAAUUUAAUAUAAUUUAACAGAGGAUGGGGAAUAUCGACGAUGCCGUCCCCUUCUUUGGCCGUGGGUUUAACAAGAUCUAUCCACUCAUCAUGGUCAUCUACACUCUGCUGGUGGCCAGCAACUUCUUCGGCCAUGUGAUCGAGUUCUUCGCAAAAUGGAAAAGGUUUAAAUUUCAGAGAGAACAGGACGAUAUGGACGGGUUUGAUCCGUCCGGGGUCAUCAUCCUUCAGAAGGGUGAGGGUUUUUGGGUUUCUUUUCUCUCAUUUCUUGAUAUUUUUCGGAAUGUAGAACAUCGUUCCUCACUAAUACUUGUGAGAUACGCCACCCUUUCAGAGAGGCUGUGGCUUGAACAGGGGCGCAAGGUCGGAGAACAGGUUAUACCGCUGGCAAGAAACUUUAAUGGAGCAAGUGAUGUUGAAUCUGCCAGCUUGCCCCCCCCGGUAAAGGUCAACCCUUCACCCCCCACCCCCCAUAUAAUCUCAUCUCAUGGUAAACUAUGGUGUUAUAUCUACAUAGUUGGAUAAAAAUAAUAGUAAGAAUGCGAAUAUUUCUUCUCCAGGAGAAGGCUGCUGUUGAAAUGAAAGUGGAAACCAGCUCUGCAAGGGAGAGCAGAUGGGGCGGCCAAGCUGCUCCCGCCAAGGAUGAGGACCGGCGGUAUUCGGGCAAGUACUCCGCCGCCAGAGAGCACCCAGGCCGGCAGAAGCCGGGCCUGGCUUCGAAGGAAAAGCCCGUGUCGCCGGCCACGGUCUCUCUACUGGAAGGAGGGGGCGACUCCGAGAGGCCGUCGGCGGGCUUUCUUCCGGGCCCGGCGUCGGGGAUAGCCUCCACUUGGGCGUCGAUGAAGACCGGGCUGCAGAACUUCAGGGCCAACAUGGGGACCAAGAAGUUCCUUCCUCUAAGCCACGUCCCAGAGGAUGCCCAAGCCCAUGUGCCCACCUCCUCCUCCUCCUCUGCGUCCUUGGAUGAGAUCUUUCAGAAGCUGAAGAAGCGGCCAAGCAUGCACCGUGGAGUUACUCUUGAUGAUGACGAAGAUGACGAGGAAGACGAUGCAGAGAAUGACUCAGGAGCAAGAAGAUAG